UCAUGUCAAGAUUUUGACAGUUUUCAUUUUUAUUUAUCUCGUAAUUAUCAAAUAGAAAGUGAAUUGCGAGUUUAUGAAAUAAUUUUGAGAAUAAUUAAUGGUAGAAAACAACAGGAAAUAUAUAAAAAUAGUGAUUAUAUAACGGUAAUAUCGUUUUUGACCUAAGUUCAGGGGUAUGUAUAAUAAUAAGAUAAUAAGAAUGUUGUAGCUAUAACAAUUUGGCAGAAGAACUGGGUGAAAACAUAGUAACAAUAACAAGGUAUGAGUGCCGGUGGGCCACAGAUAAUGAACAACUUGCCACCUGGAGUCAAUGUGGACAACAACUUGUUGCCUGGAGGUCCCAUAAUAAAUCCGACAAUGAAUAGAAAUAGGAAUAAUAACCAGAAUCCCUUGUUUAACAUGAGGGAGAGGUUAUUUCAUGCAUUAUUUUUCAAAUUUGCUCUAGCCUAUGCUCGAACAUUCCCGAGGCCAUUGCGGAGAUUCUUUGAGUUCCUUGUGCUUUUAAAAGCGCUAGUGGCAUUUUUCGUUCUUGCAUAUAUUCAUAUAGCAUUUUCAAGAACUCCUACAACAUGUUUGAACCAUGUGAAGGACUCAUGGCCGAGGGAUGGCAUUUUGAGAGUUGAGAUACUGAGGAACCCAGCACAGGACUAUACCAUUGAACAAAGUUAUGCUAAGGAGAGGAAAUUGAAAAAGGAUAAAGAGGAAUUGAAUUCUAUGUUAGGAAUGUUGGCGACAGAAGGGUUCAUUAACAUUGAAUCGUCUACAAAUGACGAGGUUGAUGACGAUGAUUACAUUCGCGAUGGAACUGACUACGGUAAUAUUACAAGAGUUCAUGACGAUACUGAGGGAUCCUCUCCGGAUAAAGUCAUUGAAACUAGUUCUGUGAAACCUGAUGGAGGAGGAACGAGUGAGGAGGUGGACCUCAAUGCAACAAUAGUCUCCGGAGCAGAUAUUGUUGAACAUUCUGCUUCGCUAUGGGAAGGUAUUAUGGGGCUUGUUGAAGAUAUAGACAGAGAGUCUAAACUGGUUGACGAGUCUCUGGAGGAGUCUGCUUCUAACGACUCUUCUAAAGAUGAGGACUAUAUUCUCGAGUACUCCUUAGAGUAUGGUUUCCUUCGCCUAUCUCCAAGCGCGCGACUUCGUCUCAAAAUUCCGGUCAAAAUAGUCACAUUAGACCCACAACGCGAUGAGUGCUUCGGAGAUCCCUUUUCACGAUUCGUGCUUGACGAAUUCUUGGGGUAUGACGACUUGCUCAUGGCAUCCAUCAAGACCUUAGCUGAGCAGGAGGACAAUAAGGGAUAUCUGAGGAAUGUCAUCACGGGCGAACAUUAUCGCUUCGUGUCGAUGCUGACUGCCCGCAGUUCAUACAUUGCUGCUUUCUUCAUAAUGCUAGUGUUUACGGUGUCCAUAUCCAUGCUGCUUCGGUACGCCCACCAUCAGAUCUUCGUGUUCAUCGUGGACUUACUCCAGAUGCUUGAGUUCAACGUGACUGUGUCUUUCCCGGCGGCACCGCUUCUCACUGUCAUUUUGGCGUUAGUCGGCAUGGAAGCGAUAAUGUCCGAGUUCUUCAACGACACGACGACUGCGUUCUACAUCAUCUUAAUUGUGUGGAUUGCGGACCAGUACGACGCGAUAUGCUGUCAUACUGCCAUCGCUAAAAGACAUUGGCUCAGAUUCUUCUACCUAUACCACUUCUCAUUCUACGCGUACCACUACCGGUUCAACGGGCAAUACAGCAGUCUUGCUCUCGUCACAUCGUGGCUCUUCAUACAGCAUUCCAUGUUGUACUUCUUCCAUCACUACGAACUACCCGUGAUACUACAGCAAGCCCAGUUGCAGCAACUUCUACUCCGUACGCAUCGUGGUAUGGCUGGCGUUAUGGGACUGGCGGGUAUCGCUGCUCUGGCAAGCGGUGCAGCUUACCACGACGCACCCGGUACCGGUACGCAAGCUACUCCGCCCACUACACAGUCGACUACACAAACUGUUCAAAACACAGCGCAGUCUACUACGCAGACUUCGCCAUCUGUCUCCACCGCACAGACUAACACCACUCACACCGGUGACGUGGUAACAACGAGGCCGCCCGACAGUGCGGUGGAGAACUCGAACUCGGGCGGCGACACACAGGAGAGUGCUCUUGCCGCGCGACCGGCUGACGAUGUAAGGAAUACUGAUAAGGAUAACUCUGUCACUCCCGGCGGUGACGCAGACAUCAAGAUAGAAGAAAUCGCUAGGAAAAGAGAAAUUUAUAAUAAACCCAAUGUUGCCGGUAAUGGUCAUUCUGUCAGCAACGCAACUGACUACGCAGCCUUGCCGAGUGGUACGAACGGGGCUACCACUCAUGUACCGGACGUCAGUGACGAGGCGUCUACUUUGGAUCGUAGACGAAAAGAAAGCGUCGUCGUCGACAAUGACGAGCCGCCUCUAGAGCCGAGCGAGGUACCGUUGCUUGCUGACAGACAAGCUCCCAGAGCUUCCCCUGAGGCUGACGAUAUAGAUUAACAUUAACUUAUUUCGAGGUAAUUUCGCAAUAAUAUAUGUUAAGUCCGAUUAAAUGUAACUGCUUUUGUGAACAAGUAAAGGUGUUGCCGUAACGAUAACGAUUUAUAUUAUAAUAUCUAGUAGAUAUUGUCUCGAGAACUUAUUAGAGAAUUUUAUCUUCGAAUAAGGUCAAGUAAGUCACAAUGCACUACCGACAAAAAGUUUGGAAGCAUAAUUAUAAUGAAAUGAAACGAAAAUAUUUUUAGUUAAUUUUAUCUAUAUCAAUUUUAAUAUUAAGAUCAAGAAUCAAAUCGAAAAUUGUCGUAGGUAGGUAUAAUGUAAAAAAGAAACAUUUCUAAUUUUAACAUGUACAUACCUAGACGUGUCGGUCGUCGUGUCGGUCGUUUUUAACUUCGCUCGCGUCUUUUGAAAUUUCUGAAUCUAUUAUCAUCCACUUUUAUUUAAUUAGUACAUGACAUGUGUACUAACUAAUAGUUCCCACAUGUAUGUUUUGAGCUUGUCGGGAGUAAGGUAAGAUUUAUAUUCUCUUGUGUUUGAUCUUUCCGUAACAGUGAAGUGAACAGAACACCCUACAAGAAGUUCACGUUCACUAUAGGUAGAUCGAUUUUCUUACGUUUUCUAAUUUCAAAUAAAUUAUAUAACAAAUGAUUAUGUUUAUGCUUAAACAUUAGUUUAAGACUAUUAAAAUAAUAACAAUUAUUUAUUAGCGAAUUUUGUUCACAAAUUUUUAUUUUAGAUAAACAUGCUUCAAAUCUUUUUGUCGGUAGAUUACAUCGAAGGAGUCUAUAAGUAAAUAUAUUGAUCAAACAAGGUUCACGAUGUUCUUAUUUUUUAUAGAAAAACUAAAAAAACUUAAUUUGUGGUAUGUUACAAAGGUGAUUGUAGUUUAAGAAGCAUUCUGCCAUUACCGAAAUAAAUUAAAUCUGUAAAUAUUUAUGGUAUUUCAAUAUUGUAUGUAUUGGAGUUUUUGUGUUAUCGAAAUAACGUGUUACUUUUAUGCUUAGAGGUUGGCGUUGGAAGUUGGCAUACUCUAUUCAGUGAUUUAGUUUAUAGCAAUUAAAUAUUUUUGUUCAAA